AUUCUUAUCGGCACAAUACCUACGUGGCUGAGUCACGGGUCUUUGUGCUUUGAAUCGAUUUCUGCGACCUUGAUAUUUGACUGCAUCUCCUCCAUCCUUAGAGCGUUUCCCUGAGCAUUUCCUGCAUUGCAUCGCAUAUCUUUAAAUCCUAAAUAUUGCCGUCCAUCACGAUGGCGUCUAUCUACUCACGUCUCGCGAACGUGAACAAGCAUAACCUACGGACCCUGCGAACGCAACCGCUGAACGAACUCUCUGGAGCUCUAGGCGACCUCGGGACUCUACUUCCUCUGCUCAUUGCUCUUACUCUCACGAAAAGCAUAUCACUCCCUGCUACAUUGGUAUUUUCUGGAAUCGCCAACAUAGCAACUGGAGCUGCGUUUGGUAUACCGCUUCCUGUACAACCAAUGAAAGCGAUCGCCGCAGUUGCCAUCAGUCAGUCGUACACAAAGACAGAGAACAUUUCUGCUGGCCUCUUCGUGGGUGGAGUCGUGACUUUCCUGAGUCUUACUGGACUAUUAAAGUGGUUCGGCCGUGUGGUGCCAAUCCCUGUUGUUAGAGGCAUCCAGAUGGGAGCUGGUCUCGCUCUGGUAAUCUCGGCAGGUACAAGUCUUCUGAAGCCUCUUGGGUGGAUCAGCCCAUCAUGGUCGGACAACUGGCUUUGGGCUAUGGCAGCAUUUGCCUUCCUGCUUGUCUCUUCUCUGGUUGCUCGUAUCCCCUACGCCCUACUCGUGUUCCUGCUAGGUCUUAUGCUCGGCGGCAUCCAACUCGCCAAAUCACACACUCACACCGAAACCUCUGGCUUCCACACCUGGCACCCAAAAAUCUACAUCCCCUCACCCUCAGACUUCCGCAAAGGUGCCCUCGAAGCAGGACUCCCUCAACUCCCUCUAACAACCCUGAAUAGCAUCUUGGCCGUCACAUCUCUCUCAGCCUCUCUGUUCCCCACCUUCCCUCCUACACCUUCAAACACGGAAAUUGGCCUUUCAGUCGGCAUUGCAAAUCUCAUCGGCUGCUGGUUCGGCGCCAUGCCCGUAUGCCACGGCAGCGGCGGUCUAGCAGGACAAUACCGCUUCGGCGCCCGCUCAGGCGCAUCCAUAAUAAUCCUUGGCCUGGUAAAACUCCUCCUCGGUCUCACUGCCGGUGAAACAAUUAUCCCACUUCUUCAACGCUUCCCAAAGAGCUUGCUCGGAGUCAUGGUCUUAGCCGCCGGCGUCGAGUUGGCAAAAGUGGGACAAUCUCUCGACGACAUCAAGGAUCUGUGGGAGGAGACAGAGCAGGAAAAUGAAGAUGCUGCGGAUAAGAGACGUAAGCUUAAUGAGCAGGAGAGAAGAAAUCGUUGGGCUGUCAUGUUGGUCACGGUAGCUGGUUGUUUGGCUUUUAAGAAUGAUGCUGUGGGUUUCAUUGCCGGUAUGGUUUGGCAUUGGGGAUUAAAGGGGUCAGAGUGUAUGCAGCAGAGACAGUGGAGAGGUCAGAGAAGACCGACGAGAUUCUUCACUUCGCGCGAGUAUGAGGAAGGUGAAGAUGCACCUUUGUUGCACAAUCAUGAUGCACCCGAAGGUCGGCUUGCAUAGUUCAUAAGGAAAUUGAUGAUCAUUAAGCGAGCCUAUUUGAAGUCGUAUCGAAAGACAUUCCAGAGACCC